CAUCAACGUUCUAUUUCCCCUUCUAUAUAUAGUGGCGCCCUGCGUUUAGCUUGAUUUCACAGCGGAAAGCAUUCUUCAGUUCUGUUCAGAUAUACCAAGCUUCAGAUUGCAGUUGACGAUUCAAUGGCGGAGGAAGUGAUGUUGUUGGACUUUUGGCCGAGCCCGUUCGGGAUGAGGGUCAGGAUUGCCCUGAGAGAGAAGGGCGUGGAUUUCGAUCUGAGGGAGGAGGAUCUGAGCAACAAGAGCCCCCUCCUCUUGGAGAUGAACCCAGUCCACAAGCAAAUCCCCGUCCUCGUCCACAGCGGCAAGCCCGUCUCCGAGUCCCUCGUCAUGGUCCAGUACAUCGACGAGACCUGGGGUGGCCGGUCUCCUCUCCUGCCUUCGGAUCCUUACGAGCGUGCCCGCGCCAGGUUCUGGGCCGACUAUGUGGACAAGAAGACGUACUUGGUGGGGCGAAUGGUGUGGCUGUCGACGGGGGAGGCCCAGGAGGCGGCGAAGGAGGAGUACAUCGAGUGCUUGAAGGUGUUGGAGGGAGAGCUCGGGGACAAGGCCUACUUUGGUGGCGAGAGGUUCGGAUACGUGGAUGUGUCGCUGAUACCGUUCUAUAGCUGGUUCUAUUCAUUGGAGGAAUCGGCCAACUUCAGCAUCGCGGAGGAGUGCCCCAAGCUGGUGGCGUGGGCGGAGCGGUGCAUGCAGAGGGAGAGCGUGGCCAAGUCAUUGCCCGACCAGUACAAGGUCCACAACUUCCUGUUGGAGCUCAAGAAGAAGCUUCAGGCGCAGUAACAACUCUUCGAGUCUCUGGUUAUGGUCGUCAUCUCAUGAUUCUAAUGUUCAAUAACCCCUCUCCUUUGGACGAGGCCGUAGCGCUUUCUUUUUACGUUCAUGUUUUCCCUUUCUUGUUAUUCGGAGUGAUUCUGGAUCAGUUAGUAAAAUUAUACACAUCAUUUCAUGA